AUAUGUUCUGGGACGCACACCAACUACACACUCAGUGGAGUAAGCUCCAACUUCCUCUGGAUUGUACCGAGGAGUGGUUUUUUUUUGUAACUAUUACCAUAACUGCAGUUAACACGUGCCUCUUAGCUAGCAUUGGGUUGUUUUUUUAAAGCCUAAUCAAUAAUGUUAGGGGGAGCGUUCUUUCUGGUUCUGUUGCUGGUGCCCAGACACGGUUCUGGAGGAGUGGUGAAGGACCCCCAACCGGGCUUUUCCGAUCAGGACCUUUUCUGGGGAUCUGACCAGUACGACUUUGCCAUCGUGCUGCGCGCCUCUGGCCUGGAGUGCUUUUGGCAUAUGGCUCACCAGGGAGAGCAGUUCUACUUCAACUACAUGGUCCAGUGGGUGACUGGUGUGGCCAACGACAGACACUUGGCAGUGACCGUCAACUCCCCAUCGGGCUACCUAGUCGGGCAGGCUGAUGAGGCCAUAGGGGAGAUCAAAUUUGAGGCCAAAGAGACCGGAUUUUAUCAGAUGUGCCUCAGCAACUUCCACAACCGCUUUGGCAGCCUGCAGGUAUUCUUGAACUUUGGGGUCUACUAUGAGGACUCAGAACAUGAGAAGAAACAGAAGGAAAAAGAAAACCAGAAGAAGGAAGAGGACAUGAAAAACUUAAAUAACACCCUGUCCACCAUUGAGGAAAGUUCUCUCAAGCUGCAAAGCUACGUGUUCCACAUGUGGCGUCACUACAACUUUGCCCGCAUGCGUCAGGGGACGGACUACUACAUCCUCCUGUCCAACUCCACCUACGUGAGCUAUUGGUCUGCAGCGCUGAGUGUGGUCAUCAUCCUGUCCGGUUACCUGCAGCUGUUCUCCCUCAAGAGGCUCUUCAACACCAAAACCACAACAGAAACAGAGAAACCUCGCUGCUGAGCCAAUGAGAGUACGAAGGAGAGAGAUCUGUGCGUUGUAGCAGUGAUGUCUAUGUGUGCAGUCAAGGUGCAGGUCACGUAAUAGAGGGCAAACUUGCUAACAUGUCUGUCAUGUUUUGUAUUACAGAUUUUAAUA